AUGGGUUCGGAUGAGGGUGAAGACAGUGGUGUUCGGCGGGUGAGACAGAUUCCAAGCCUGUUUACGCGAUGGUGGUGUGGCGUGGUGGUGUUAGUGAGCGCUGGGGGGCCUGGGCAUUCAGAGGGCCCCGAUUGCCAUCUGCAGGCCUCUUUGGCUCUUUGUGCUCUGGGUGCAUGCUGGCGGAAGAAUCGUCACACGAAAGUUGCUCAUCUCGGAAGCAGGGCAAGGCAGGGCAUGCAAAGAACCGCGAGAAGCGUCUUCCGGUCGAGCCUGAGAUGGGGAUGGAACUAUAUUAUCAUCAUCCAGAGUGGCUUCUGUGUAAGCGCUAAAGAAGUACCCCAUAAAGAAAACGGUGUACUCUGUAACGCUGCUGUUCUUGAAGUGGCUGGAAGUUCGAACGAGAAAGAAUAA